AUGGAGACUCCUGCGAGAUCUAGCCGCGCGCAUCGUCUCAACCGGGGUCCGCCAUAUUUUCAGUCAUGGUCGUUAUCUGCAGUCGCUAUUGUUCUCGUCGUGGUCACGAUGUUGUGUGGGAGGGCUGUGGGAGAGUUGAUUGAAACGGGGGACAAUGGGGACUUGAUAAACCGCGGUGGGCUUGUCAUGUCCACCACGGACGGAACACGGACAUACUCAGUCCCAAUAAACCAACUGCCACUAGAUGCCAAUCACGAUCAAGCUAAUACAAGGAAAGUGAAGAACUUUGUCAACAACCUAGUCCUGUACACUUCCGAUACGGACCGGGAAUUCUCCACUGGCAACUUGGCAUUCAUAUCCUGCGACUCCUCCAACGGAAAUAAUGCCUCCGCUACCUUCCUCAAAGCAAUCUCUCAGAAACCCCAACCAUAUUGCGUGAUAUUCUACACCGUCGAGCACGACUAUUGCGACUACAAUCCACAGCAAGACUACAAUUACGACCUCGUAUUUACAACCCUCGACAGAGAAUCUGCAAACGACUUCCAACUCCUCAUGAAUACCACCGGCGAUAAGCUCGAUGUCUCGAUAAAUUAUGACAGUAGCGUCGAAGAUCAGCCAACCCAACAGGACCGAAACAGCCUGUCUUCCAACCAGAACAACAGCGUUCUGGGGCCCUCGCCGUCUACCAGCGUAGCGCUGAUAAUCCUCUACAGCAUCACCGGAGCAUCCGGAACGUUACGGCCCGCGAGCACCCCGGUUUGGCCGCCCCGCCAGUCAAGAGCCAAAGGCCUCGCAAGAGCAGUUUUGGACACUCUGCCGAUCGUCCGUUUCGGAGAUCCGCCAGCUCCGGGAGGUGCCAAUGAUGGGAUUGUCAAACCAACCGACCUGGAGAUGGCACCUGACUCAAUCACAUCCAGGACGUCUGAGGAGGAUCGUAGAAGGUCUGUCGUGCCUUCGGUGGCAUCGCAGUCUACGCCCAAUGUGAGUGGGAUUGCACAGGUUUCUGGUGAGGAUGCCGUUGCGAGGGAGGGCGCCGAGCCGGCGGUGAUGUCAACGUCAGAGAUGGAUCCGUCCCAGUUGAGGUGCCCGGUUUGUAUGGAAGAUUUUGAGUCGGGAGUGGAUCUGCGUGUCCUGCCGUGCCACCACAGUUUUCACCCUGAUUGUAUAGACCCAUGGCUACUUAAUGUUGCUGGUUCUUGUCCAUUAUGCCGUAUCGACCUCCGCCUGAAGACCAGCGUCAAUCCAUCGAAGUAA